AGCUGACUCUGCUACAGUUGUAGGACUCAAAAACCAGUCUCUCUCUCUCUCUCUGUCUCUCUGGAAGUUUCAAUGGCGACUGAAGAGAUUACCAAACCUCCAUCUCUCCCUCCAUACCCAGAGAUGAUUUUUGCAGCCCUUGAUGAACUGAAACAUAAGGAAGGCUCAAACAAAUCAGCAAUCUCAAAAUAUAUUGAAGCAACAUACGGGGACUUGCCAGCCGGCCACACAAACUUGCUCACACAGCACUUGAACAUACUGAAAGAGAGUGGACAGCUGGUACUGGUGAAGAGCAACUACAUGAAGCCUGACCCAAAUGCUCCGCCGAGGCGCGGCCGUGGGCGGCCAAGAAAGGACCCAAAUGCACCACCUGCACCCAAGAAGGUGAAACCAGCUGGAAGUUCCGGUAGCGCGGCGACAACAGCGGUGUCGAAGACCGGGAGGCCGAGAGGUAGGCCUAGGAAGGUGCAGCCUCAACAUGCACAAAAUGGUGUCCAGGCAGGGGAGCUAAAUUAGACCACCCUUUGGGAAUGUGUUGGGUUUGAUAAGUCUGCUCGAGUUGUUUUUGUAGUAAUGUUGUGUUUGUUGGGUGUUGAUACAUUGUAGUGGGAGUUGUGUGCAGUAGUUGCAUGUAAAUUAAAUGGUACUUUUUGAGGUUUGUACUUUGUAGUGCUAAAUGCUAAUAUUCCUCCAUGAGAGAGACUAAUGUUUAUAUGGG